AAAAAAUCUCGCGAUUCAUCGCUUCUCACUAUUACCGGUAAAUAUGGCAUAACAAAAGCAAUUAGUUUUACCACGAAAAAUUAAUUAUUCACCAGAUACUCAAACAAGAUGAUGAAUCGUACCGUUACUAGUUUAAACUCCGAUACACGUGAAUCAUAAAAUCCUUGAGAUAAGCAAAAAAGUUGAAAUUGUUCUGCGCCUUUCUGACCUCCGCUGAAUCACCGAAUUGCAUUACAUCCAUCACACUAUUAUUUACUCCGAAUGAAUCACCUCCGAGGUGAUAAUAUAACACAUUUAUCAACGUGACGAUAUCGACAACUGCCUGUAGAAUAUUUUUCUUUCAUUUUCAUUCUAAGAAGAGGCGAAUAUAUAGCAAACUAUUGACUUUGCACAAUUGCCACUGAUUAGACGAACGGCCGUUGUCACCAGAAAUCGUUGGAAUUACGAUAAAAGUCAAGAGCAUCACAUGCACAUUGUGAAUUUAGCUCGAGGGCGAUGUGUGCUUUCGCCGUCACCCAGUGACCCUCUGGUACUCCCUUGCACCAGGUACCAUUUAUAGAUUGUGAAGACGGUUGCUAUAGCGCACCGAGGCUCCUUUGUGUUUUGACGAUGUUAGACCUUCAGGCUUUCUAAAAUCCACUGUCAGUGCAACGGCGCCCUUCGCCUCAGGCACAACUUUUCAAAUUAUUCAUUUUUAUCAACAAUGAAAGGUGUGCGGACCGUUAACUGAUGCAAGUCGACCCUUUUCUGACUUGAGUGGAGUGAAUAAUUCGUGCUGAUCAAUGAAUUAUCGUAAAAACGCACCCAAGAGUGAAUCAGGAAUGAGUUCCGGGGGACUAUUUCAUGACUUCUGACAUUCAGAAACAACAAGGCCCAUCAGAAAUCCUCCAGUCAAUUCAUCUACCACUCUCAUAGAUCAGCUUACAUCGAUCUGGUCCUAAUUAUCUCUCCGUCUCCUCGAAAUGUUGAACCCCUUCUUCAACCGGUCAUCACCUCUGCUUUUCUGAAUGGGUGCUUGCAGCUGUCGUCCUCGUGAUAGUCAAGUGAACGCUGGUUCGAUCCUCGAUCGGGUGAUCAGCCAAGCCAGCAAUGAGGACCAAUGCCUCCUGUAUCAUCUGGCAAACUACAAGAAAGGUGGUGAGCUGAUCGAUGCUUACAACCGAGGAGGACAAUCAGAAGUGGAGAGGCUGAUCAAGGGACAGUUCGGAAUCCUGAUGUACGCUGAUGGCAAAGGACAGGUGAUUGGCUACGUUAUCAAUCGGGCCGAGUACCUUCGCUGGAAAUUUCGUGAUCUCGAGCAAGUUGUUCUCCCAAUCGAAGCAUCACUCAGUCGAUUUGAUCCACUUGCCCAGUGGAAUGAUCACGAGGCGUGUUGGCAGAUGCAGUACAGGGGCUCCCUAGGUGAAACACUUCUUCACGUUCUCAUAAUAUGUGAUACAAGGAGUCACACGAGAAUUGCACGUAUUCUCCUCAAGUGUUUCCCAAGAUUGGCCAUUGACGUUGUCGAGGGUGAGGAGUACCUUGGUGCUGGUGCACUUCAUCUUGCAAUUGCAUACAACAACAAUGAGCUCGUUCAGGAUCUCGUGGAGGCUGGUGCUAUUGUAUCACAGAGAGCUAUUGGGAGUUUUUUUCUCCCUAAAGAUCAGCAGAGCAAUAGACCAGUUAGAAACACAGAUUACGAGGGACUGGCUUAUCUAGGAGAAUAUCCACUCGCUUGGGCUGCCUGCUGUGCUAAUGAGAGUGUUUAUAAUCUUCUGCUUGACUCGGGCGCUGAUCCCGAUGAUCAGGAUUCAUUCGGGAAUAUGAUACUUCAUAUGGUGGUCGUUGGCGACAAGCUGGACAUGUUCGGUUAUGCCCUGCGUCAUCCAAAAUUUCCAGCACGAAAUGGAAUCGCCAACAAUGCUGGAUUUACGCCGUUAACACUCGCCUGUCAGCUAGGACGUGCCGAGGUAUUUCGUGAAAUGCUCGAGCUAUCUGCACGCGAGUUUUGGAGAUACAGCAACAUCACGUGCUCUGCGUAUCCGCUCAAUGCACUGGAUACACUUCUUCCUGAUGGCAGAACGAACUGGAAUUCAGCCCUGUUUAUAAUCCUCAAUGGAACCAAGGAAGAGCACUUGGAUAUGCUAGACGGGGGGAUAAUUCAGCGUCUCCUCGAGGAAAAAUGGAAGACCUUUGCAAGGUUGCAGUUUCUCAAGCGUCUUAUCAUUCUCGUAUUUCACCUGACAACCCUGUCACUCGCUGUAUAUCAACGUCCAGCCGAAAUGGAUGCUGAAUUGAUGGCUUGGCCGGAGGAGUUGACGGAUGUUGGCAGAACAAUUGCUGAGUGUGUUACUGUACUCGGGGUUGUUGGCUACAUUCUCCUUCAGCUGGGAGGAGAGAUUGUCAAUAUUGGGCCGAUAUCGUUUUUGAAACAGUUGACACACGAACCCGCCAAGUUUAUAUUUGUUAUCAGCAAUCUACUUAUACUGGCUUGUAUACCAUGCCGUUUAGCUGGUAAUCGACACGCUGAGGAUGCCAUUCUCGUUGUUGCUGUUCCGGGCUCAUGGUUUUUACUCAUGUUCUUUGCCGGAGCUGUGAGACUGACUGGGCCGUUCGUCACUAUGGUCUACAGCAUGAUAACCGGGGAUAUGUUGACCUUCGGCAUCAUCUACAUGGUCGUCCUGUUUGGCUUCUCCCAGUCCUUUCAUUUUCUCUACAAGGGCUUUCCCAGGGUCCAGUCCAGCCUCUAUCACUCUUAUCACUCGACUUGGAUGGCCCUGUUUCAGAUCACCCUCGGUGAUUACAGUUAUGGAGAUCUGAGUGAUACUGCAUAUCCGAAUUUGAGUAAGACUGUGUUUGCUAUAUUUAUGGUUCUGGUGCCCAUUCUUCUUCUCAACAUGUUGAUCGCUAUGAUGGGAAACACUUAUGCACAUGUUAUUGAGCAGAGUGAGAAGGAAUUUGUGAAGCAGUGGGCGAAAAUUGUGGUAUCGCUUGAGCGAGCUGUAUCGCAGAAAGACGCCCACAAUUAUCUUCAAGAGUACAGCAUAAAGUUGGGUCCGGGCGACGACCCGAAUAAUCCGGCCUCGGAGCAACGAGGUGUCAUGGUGAUAAAGAGCAAAUCCAAGACUAGGGCAAGACAGAGAAAAGGUGCUGUCGCUAAUUGGAAGAGAGUUGGCAAAGUAACAAUUGCUGAAUUGAAGAAGAGGGGGAUGAGUGGAGAGGAGCUCAGGUGCAUUAUGUGGGGCAGAGCAUCCAUUUCAACACCAGUGAGGCGAAGCCCUCACAUGGGUGAGCCAGAAAUCUCAGCGUCAGCGGGCGUGACUGGUGGCUUUGGUGAUGCUCUGACUGCAGCGCUAGAUGUAAUGGCCUUUGCCCACGACAUUGACCUGGCUAGUGCUACCGAGGGAAUACCAACUACAGAUGCUGCAUCUAAAGCAAAGUCACAACAGGCCAAAGUUCCAACGUCCACCUCGAUAACUACAAAUCAAACCGAUACUCAAGUGCAGUCUUGCGAUACAAAUCAUAAAAUUGAGGAGUUGGCAACUGUUGUAAAAGAUCAAAAUAGGGAAAUUGAAAAGACAGUGACAUCAUCAGCAUCGAUGCAAAAAAAUCAUGAAAGUACCGAUAAACUUGAUCCACUUCUAAAUCUGGUGAUCGCCUCGGAGUCACCGGACUCACACAAGGAGCAACUUCUCAAGAUGGCAAAGGAGGCGAGAAUAGCCAGUGAGCCAAAAGUGGCUCUGGAUUCACAAAUACUGGAGACUUUCGGACUCGGUAAUUUUAUCGCCCCAGGGGGCAAUCUCGAGCCAGAAAACAAGGAGAAGAAGUACAUGGCUGAAUCCAGUGACAAUGACAUAUGUGGUAGCUCAAAUCUCUUGGGAGCUGAAUCCCGUCUGCGUCGUAUUCGUUCAGCGAGCCUGCGUUACUCUUCAUCAGCCCAUCAGCGUCGUUCCAACCGUUCAGCCACCCUAGAAUCCUCCUCAUCCGCCGAUGAACAGCCCACCUACCCUCCACCCACUCAACCGACACAAGUCAAUGGAUUGCCGGAUCUCCACCAGACGCCCGACAACAAAACUAAUCCCGAUGAUUGUCGGCAGAAUGAAAAGAAUGGGGACUAUCGUCCCAACAAACAUCACAAGCGUCGUCCCAAAACCGCAAAGAACAGAGUUGCCCCAGCGAAAUUGAUCACCGAGGUUCAUGAUAAUGAUGGUAAGAAAAAUGGCACCGUGACACCAACAUCACCCACGGAUCCACUCGAGCCGUGGAGCACCCGUGGCAUCAGCGAUAUGAAUACACUAUUAGCAUGGCGAGAGAAUGGCUUGGACAGCCCUUAAUGGAGCAUUAUGUUCAAGUGAUUUGAGGUAAAGUGAUUAUCACAAAAAAAAACCGCAACAUGUUGCAUUGAUCGGUCUCAUCACGAGCGAGUGGGAAAAAUCAUGGUGCAGUAUUUUUUCGAUAAAUACACGGGCAAGUGAAUGUACAGUUCCGUGAAUAUGUACGCUCUCCUCACCGAUGAUUACAACAUACGAAAAUCUUGAAUUUAUAAAAUACAAUGCUGCAUUCAGCUGUAAAAAAGUAAAUAACAAUAAACAACCAAGAGAAACGUGAAAAAAUCAGUUGAAUCGUAAUGGCACAAGCGACAACGAUAACGCGGGGCAAUUUUCCUCUCCACCCUCAGCCCUCUCCCCGCCGAUUCUCGCUAUUCUCCACUCACGAGACUGGAGAACUUUCCACGAACGAAUAUUGCUUGCGAUCCCCCGGUGCUUCAAGAAGAAAAAUGAAAUAAAAAAAAAUCAUAAAAAAUGGAGGAACAGGCAUCGUUUUGGGUCGACAACAAGGCGAGAGCGUAGCCUCGUAUUCCCCGACUCACCGUCAGCUCAUUCCCUCCCUUUAAACUCCACAGGAGUAAAAAUGAAAAAGGAUCAAAUGAGUUGAAAAAAAAAUACUGCGGAAUAUCGUAAAGAUAAUUUGAUUUUUUUUUUGUUUCACGGCUUGUUUAACUGAAGUUCAUGAUUUUUUUUAUGGGAUUUGGUAGCAAGUGGGGGUGAAAUAGAGUGAAAAUAUUCCCUUAAAGUGUGUGAUUGAGGGACGUGAAAAACAAAUUGUGUAAUGAGGAAAAAAUUUAUUAACGUUUUCAGUCUCUACAUGAUUCUGACGCUAGAAAUCAUACAGGUUAUGACACUUUCCAAUAAAUUGUUCCACCAAUCAGUGAAGGGGAAAAACAAGAUAAAUUGACUCAUCCUUGAGUAAUAUCUCCAAAUCCAAGAGAGACAGCGGAAUUUUGUAAUGACAUUUUUUGUAGUACUCAAUUCGACCGACAAAAAAGUUUAUAAUAAAAAUUGUCGUAGCUUCCCUAGAUUUCAAAAUAUUCACCAAAAACUGGUCACAAAUCACCAGUGACUUAUCUCGUUUUCCCACUUCGCUACUGAAUUAAAUUACCGUUGUGAAAAGCUGUGUUCAAACAUUUAUUUUUCCUGCAUUAUUAUUUAGAUGAAAAUGAAUGAACAUGAGAAAGACUAAUUCCAAGAGUAAUUAUAAAGUAAUGACAAAGUACUUAUAAAUACCCAGCCAGGGAAAGAGGCACCAGAGUGAUGCAAGGGAAAAAAAAUCUGAAUAGUCAUCCCACAUGAUCCUAACCCUCGUCGCCCUUCUCACUGUCACUUGAGUUACUACCCCCUUUAUUUCUUCAUUACGUUGGGGAUGAAGCAGUCAGUGACCGCUCAAUACCACCAAAACGAUCCCGGUAUACUGAAUUUAUGACAAUAUUCUGCCAUCGCUCGUCAUUCUUCCCUCGGUCUGGUCAAAGAAAAUUGUUGCGUCAUGGGUCCAGGUAGGAUUUACCCCGUAUCCCACCUCGGGUAAAUCCUCGUUUUGCGUCACGUAGAACGUGAGUAGAGCCGAGGUACAUGGCUGAGAUGUGAAACGGUGGUGGAGAUAGUGGGUGAGAGGACGCGGCAUGAGGAAGUGAGAUGAAAUCGAUUUUCGAUUAUGUCAGCGAGGCUCUAUCGGUAAUGGUCUAGCCAGACUUCA